AUGAGCAGCCGGUCAAGCCCGGUGCUGCAGCAGCGGUCGAGCGUCGUAGACAUGGCGGCGCUGCCAAUGGCCAAGCUCUUUGGCGAGCGCGAGGUCAUGGCCGAGAUCCGCUGCGACUUUGCGUUCGCGUUCGCGGGCGCUUCGACGAGCAAGCCGCCGGCCAAGCCGCCUGCCAAGGCCGCGGUGCUCACGGCCGAGAAGAAGUCGCGCUUCAACACCGCGUUCAACCUGCUCAAGGACCAAGUCGUUGCGCGCACCAUGGCCGAGCCGGACGCGACGACCACGUCGCCCGUCGUCGACGACGACCAGCCGCGCGACCAGACCGAGUACUCGCUGCCCGGUCGCCUCAUGAUGACGACGUACCGCCUCCAGUUUUACUACCACCCGUCCAUGUCCAGCGGCGACGAAGAUGCCACCGCGUUCCAAAGCAUCUUGCGGCGCUUCCGCAGCCUCCGGCGCGUGCACGAGUACUGCACGAUCCCGCUCGGCGCCAUCACGCGCGUCGAGAAGGUCGACAAGGCGAGCAUGAUCAAGAUCACGACCAAGGACCACCGCCGCUUCCACUUGACGUUCCCGGAGAAAGCCGCGGUGCUCCAGAAGGUUCAUGAGAUCCUCCUCAUGUACGCUUUCCCCGACGACCGCACGCUCGACGACUGCCUCCCGCUUCCGAACGGCUGGGACGUCUACGACGCCGACGCCGAGUGGGCCCGGCUCGGUGUCGACAAGGCCGCCCUCUGGCGCCGCACCACCAUCAACGCCGGCUACGCUACAAUCGAGUCGUACCCACAAACACUCAUUGUGCCUGCCGCCAUCUCGGACGACAUGCUGCUCGAGGCCGCGCAGUUUCGGUCCAUCGGCCGCAUCCCGGCCUUGACGUGGCUCCACCCCGAGACUGGCGCGUCGCUCACCCGGUCGAGCCAGCCCAAGGUGGGCAUGAGCAACGCGUUCUCGCUUGUCGACGAAGACCUCGUGGCCGCGAUCGGCGACGCCAACCCGAUGCGUCAGACCGUGCACAUCAUCGACUGCCGGCCCAUGUCGAGUGCAGUUGCCAACCGUGCCAAAGGGUACGGCGUCGAGACGCCGUUGCGCUACAAGAACGCCGUUGUCGAGUUUAUGAACAUCCCCAACAUCCACACGAUGCGCGAAAGCAUGAAGAAGCUGCGGCAGCUCUCGCUCUCGCUCACGUGUGACAACUUGAGCUGGUUUGGCGACAUUGAAGACACCAAAUGGCUCCACUACGUUCGCGUGUGCCUGCAGGCGACGCUGCGCAUCGUGGAUUUGCUGCACACGCAGCAAACGUCGGUCCUCGUGCACUGCAGUCACGGCUGGGACCGCACGUCGCAGCUCUCGGCGCUCGCGCAGCUGUGCUUGGACCCAUAUUACCGUACGAUCCACGGCUUCCAGGUGCUCAUCGAGAAGGACUUUUUGGCGUUUGGGCAUCCGUUCCAGAUGCGGCUUGCGCAUGGCGAGAAAGCGUCGAGCGAAGAGUCACCCAUCUUUCUCCAGUUUCUCGACUGCGUGUGGCAGCUCCAGCAGCUCUAUCCCGCGUACUUUGAGUUCAACGAAGGGUACCUCUGCCUCCUCGCCGACUCGAUCUACUCGUGCCGCUUCGGCACCUUUCUCCUCAACAACGUGCAAGCUCGCGACAAGAUGGAGCUUUCCCAGCGCACCGCGUCGCUCUGGGCGUGGCUCGACGGCUUCCGGGCCGAGCUCACCAACACAGAGACGUACAUGCCCCACGGCGUCUUGCGUCCGAUUCUCUCGACGCUGCUUCGGUCGGUCCGCGUGUGGGAACACGUCUUUCUGCGCUGGAGUGCGCAGACGUCGGCCGUCGACGUGCCGUGCACGCGCAGCGACCUCUUUGCCGCGAACGAAGCGCGCGUCUCGAGCUGGCAGCUCUCGCACAGCGUGCUCUCGCUCUUGUCCGAGGCCAAGUAA